UAAUACAAUUAAUGAGAGACUAGUUGUAUAGAUUAUUUCUUGAAAGCACAAAGCCUGUAAAAUGGAAUUGAAUAAUUUUUUCAAGCUGGCAAUAAUUUUUGGUUGCAUCAGUAAUAUGUUUUGUGACAUAAAUUACGAUUAUUAUUGGAGAGAUUAUACAGGUGACAUACCAGGAGAUGCUGUAGAAGGUGGGCGUGAUGUGAAUAAUAGGAAAACAUAUAUUGGCCAGGUUUUUGUUAAAAAUCAUGGAAUUAUUCCUGUUACCAUAUAUCCAGGAAUAAAAUCUGUCACAGCGAAUAUAAAUGGGAUACAUCGCCUCAGUAGCUAUAUAAAGAUCUUGUGCAGUUCUUCCAAAGAAAAUUUCAAAUGGUUUCCAGCAGAUGCAAAUAGACUCCAUGUACAAACGAUUAACAAACAUUUGGUACGAGGCGGAGUGGAGUAUGGGCUUGUGAGUAAUAUCGGCAGAAUAAAGUACCAAGGUGAGCUAUUGGUCGCCAAAGUUUGUGGAUUUAAUGUUGGAAACGCGAAACUAUUCUUUCCUGCCGGAAACGAAGAAAAGCACGCGGAAUCUUAUGAAGUUUUAAUAUACGACGGUCCAGAUUUAAAUUCUGUUAAGACACCUAGUGCUUUAUAAUUUUUAUGGCAUAACAAUGAAUUUACUGGUAGGUAACGCAACUGCCUUCAGCAGUAUAUCUGAUGGUUUGAUAAUAAAACUGCUGUUGGUAUUCUUUUUAUAUUCAUUAACAAUAUUUUAAUAAAUAUGUGCGUGUAUAUCUCUGUUUGUUUAUAAACUAAAGCAUUUCCUUU